AUGACGCCUGCAACGUCACCAAGCAAAGGUUUGCUUGAUGAAAUGCACAUUCAGGCUGAUUAUACACUGGUGCUCUGCCCUGCUGUGAAGGUGGAAAGUAGCCCACCUGUAGCUGAUCUCUGCCUGUUGAGAAUUCUGCAGGUGCCCCCGGAGAUGGACAGAAAGCUGGAGAGGAUUGUAGGCAAACAGAGAGAGAAAGAAGAGCUGCACGUAUUUGGAAACGCUCCUCCAAGUACAAUGAUAGAAAAGUUUUCAGAUCUCCUUCAGUUUACAACGCAAGUGUCAAGAUUAAUGGUGACCGAAAUCAGGCGGAGGGCCUCCAACAAGUCUACAGAGGCCGCAAGCCGUGCCAUAGUCCAAUUCCUGGAGAUCAACCAGAGUGAAGAAGCCAGCCGGGGAUGGAUGUUGCUUUCUACAAUUAAUUUGCUCGCUUCAUCUGGACAGAAAACAGUGGACUGCAUGACGACUAUGUCAGUGCCUUCCACGCUCGUGAAAUGUCUCUAUCUGUUUUUUGACCUUCCACAUGUGCCUGAGGCAGCUGGAGGAGCUCAGAAUGAACUCCCUCUAGCUGAGCGGAGAGCACUACUGCAGAAAGUGUUUGUGCAGAUCUUGGUGAAACUGUGCAGCUUUGUGUCUCCGGCGGAAGAGCUGGCUCAGAAGGACGACCUCCAGCUUCUGUUCAGUGCAAUAACCUCCUGGUGCCCUCCCUAUAACCUGCCUUGGAGGAAAAGUGCAGGGGAAGUGCUCAUGACCAUAUCACGUCACGGCCUUAGCGUCAAUGUAGUGAAAUACAUUCACGAAAAAGAAUGCCUGUCAACAUGUAUUCAGAACAUGCAGCAAUCGGAUGACCUUUCUCCUUUAGAGAUAGUUGAGAUGUUCGCUGGCCUGUCUUGUUUCCUCAAAGAUUCCAGCAACGUGUCUCAAACGCUACUAGAUGAUUUUAGGAUAUGGCAAGGAUAUAACUUCCUCUUUGAUCUCUUACUCAGGUUAGAACAAGCAAAAGAAGCCGAAUCCAAGGAUGCUCUGAAAGAUCUGGUUAAUCUGAUAACCUCAUUAACAACCUACGGGGUCAAUGAAUUAAAACCAGCUGGUGUUACUACAGGGGCACCUUUUCUGUUGCCUGGAUUUGCCGUCCCCCAACCUGCUGGCAAAGGCCACAACGUGAGGAACAUUCAGGCAUUCUCCGUCCUACAAAAUGCUUUUCUGAAGGCGAAAACCAGCUACCUUGCACAAAUUAUCCUUGACGCCAUCUUGAACAUAUACAUUGCGGACAACGCCAACUACUUCAUCCUGGAAUCCCAACACACUUUGUCCCAGUUUGCGGAGAAAAUUUCUAAGCUUCCCGAAGCGCAGGCCAAAUACUUUGAGAUGCUCGAGUUUGUCGUCUUCAGCCUGAACUACAUCCCCUGCAAAGAACUUAUCAGUGUCAGCAUCCUUUUAAAAUCUAGCACCUCUUACCCGUGUAGCAUCAGCGCAAUGAAGACGCUACUGAAGUUCACGCGUCAUGACUACAUCUUUAAGGACGUUUUCAGGGAGGUGGGACUCUUGGAGGUGAUGGUGAACCUCUUACAUAAAUAUGCAGCUCUUCUGAAAGAUCCUACACAGGCCUUGAAUGAGCAAGGGGACUCACGAAACAACAGCUCAUCUGAAGACCAAAAGCAGCUGGCUUUGCUGGUCAUGGAAACCUUGACAGUGCUGCUCCAGGGCUCUAACACCAAUGCAGGUAUCUUCAGGGAGUUUGGUGGAGCCAGGUGUGUGCAUAACAUAGUAAAAUAUCCACAAUGCAGGCAGCAUGCGCUGAUGAUAAUCCAGCAGCUGGUGCUAUCACCGAGCGGAGAUGAUGACAUGGGUACCCUCUUGGGACUGAUGCACUCUGCUCCUCCUACGGAAUUGCAGUUGAAGACUGACAUAUUAAGGGCUCUGUUGUGUGUGCUAAAAGAUCACCGGACGAGAACCGUUUUCAGAAAAGUCGGUGGGUUCGUGUAUGUCACCUCGUUGCUUGUUGCCAUGGAGAGGUCCUUGUGUUCUCCACCCAAGAACGGCUGGGAGAAAGUGAACCAGAACCAAGUGUUCGAACUGCUCCACACCGUCCUUUGUACCUUGACAGCGGCCAUGCGCUACGAGCCGGCCAACUCGCACUUCUUCCGAACAGAGAUCCAGUAUGAGAAGCUGGCUGACGCAGUGAGGUUACUUGGCUGCUUCUCAGACUCCAGGAAAAUAAGCCCUUUGAACAUUUUCCCCUCCAACACCCAACUCUUUCAAAGACUCUUGGAGGACGACCUGAUCUCUGUGGAUUCUGUAUCACCGACUUUGAAGCACUGCAGUAAACUCUUUAUCUAUCUCUACAAAGUAACGACGGAUUCUUUCGACAGUCGUGCUGAGCAGAUUCCUCCUUGCCUGACAAAUGAGACUUCUCUCCCCUCUCCUUGGGGAACACCAGCUUUGUCCAGGAAAAGGCAUGUGUAUCAUUGCUCUUCAACCCCACCAGUAUUCCCUCCCAAAAACUCUGGGGAUUUGAAGCUUCACAAAGGAACGGUACCUCUGCAGAGCUUGGAUGCAGUCAUCAUUCACCCCGGAGCAAUGCUUUCUAUGUUGGACCUCCUAGCUUCAGUUGGGUCGACUACACAGCCAGAACAUGCUCUGGAUCUUCAGCUUGCAGUGGCCAACAUCUUGCAGUCUCUGGUACACACAGAAAGGAAUCAACAAGUCAUGUGUGAAGCUGGACUCCACGCUCGACUUCUGCAGAGAUGCAGCGCUGCUCUUGCUGAUGAGGACCACCCCCUGCAUCCACCCCUGCAGAGGAUGUUUGAAAGGCUGGCCUCUCAAGCCCUGGAACCAGUGGUGCUGAGGGAAUUUUUACGUUUGGGAAAUCCUCUGAAUUGCGGAGCCUGGGACAAAAAACUGUUGAAACGAUACAGGGUACAUAAACCGAACUCGUUAAGUUAUGAACCAGAGAUGAGAAAUAGUAUGAUUACAUCAAUGGAAGCUCUGGGUACUGAUUGUGUGUUCAGCUUACAUGAAGAUAAUCACUACAGGAUAAGCAAAAGCCUUUUGAAACCAGCAGAAGGGAGCACGGUACCCUUGACAAGAGUGAAGUGUUUGGUCUCCAUGACAACUCCACAUGAUAUUAGACUGCAUGGAUCAUCAGUUACUCCAGCAUUUAUUGAAUUUGACACAUCUCUUGAAGGGUUUGGCUGCCUGUUCUUGCCAAGUUUGGCCCCUCACAAUGCCCCUACCAACAAUGUUGUUACAACUGGUCUUACUGAUGGCAUUGUGGUCAGUGGGAUUGGGACCGGAGAGAGGCUUUUCCCGCCACCAUCCGGACUGAGCUAUUCAAGUUGGUUUUGUAUAGAACAUUUCAGCACCUCCCCAAAUCAUCACCCGGUCAGGCUCCUUACAGUUGUGAGACGAGCAAACAGCUCAGAACAGCACUACGUGUGCCUCGCGAUAGUGCUCUCUGCAAAAGACCGGUCGCUGAUUGUAUCAACUAAGGAAGAGCUGCUUCAGAACUAUGUCGACGAUUUCAGCGAAGAAUCUUCUUGCUAUGAAAUUCUCCCUUGCUGCGCUCGGUUUCGUUGCGGCGACCACAUCAUCGAAGGCCAGUGGCAUCAUAUGGUUCUGGUGAUGAGCAAAGGCAUGUUGAAAAACAGCACAGCUGCCCUCUACAUUGACGGACAGCUAAUUAACACAGUCAAGCUUCACUACAUUCACAGUAGCCCCGGUGGCUCGAGUUGUGCCAAUCCACCAGUAGUUAGCACAGUUUACACCUAUAUAGGCACGCCGCCUGCCCAGCGCCUGCUGUCCUCUUUGGUUUGGCGUUUGGGGCCAACUCAUUUCCUAGAAGAAGUGCUGCCUCCCUCAAGCAUUAGCACAAUUUAUGAGCUGGGACCAAACUACGUUGGAAGUUUUCAAGCGGUAUAUAUACCAUGUAGAGAUUCCAAGCCGGAAGGGACCGGUCCCUGUCCAGUAUCUUUGGUACCAGAGGAAAAAGUCUCUUUUGGACUGUACGCACUCUCUGUUUCCUCACUGACUGUGGCAAGGAUUAGAAAAGUUUAUAACAAACUGGACAGCAAGGCCAUCGCCAAGCAGCUGGCCGUUUCAUCUCAUGAGAACGCCACUCCGGUGAAACUGCUGCACAAUUCAGGAGGACAUCUGAAUGGAUCUGCGCGUACCGUUGGUGCAGCCCUGAUAGGAUACUUGGGUGUGAGAACGUUUGUCCCUAAGCCCGUUGCCACUACAUUACAAUACAUAGGCGGAGCAGCGGCCAUUCUGGGUCUGGUGGCUAUGGCCUCAGAUGUAGAAGGAUUGUAUGCCGCUGUGAAGGCCCUGGUGUGCGUAGUAAAGAGCAACCCUCUGGCUAGCAAAGAAAUGGAAAGAAUCAAAGGUUAUCAGUUACUGGCAAUGUUGUUAAAGAAGAAACGCGGUCUUCUGAAUAGCCACAUUCUUCAUUUGACCUUUUCCUUGGUCGGGACUGUUGACAGUGGGCACGAAACGUCAAUUAUUCCAAAUUCAACUGCCUUCCAGGACCUCCUUUGUGACUUUGAGGUUUGGCUUCAUGCACCUUAUGAACUUCAUCUUUCAUUAUUUGAACAUUUCAUUGAACUUCUGACCGAAUCCAGCGAAGCGGCAAAGAAUGCGAAAUUGAUGAGGGAGUUCCAGCUAAUUCCAAAACUGCUGUUGACUCUUCGAGAUAUGUCUUUGUCUCAGCCGACUAUUGCUGCCAUUAGUAACGUACUGAGCUGUUUGCUUCAAGGUUUCCCAAGCAGCAAUGACUUACUCAGGUUUGGACAGUUCAUCUCCUCAACUCUGCCUACAUUUGCAGUCUGUGAGAAAUUUGUAGUCAUGGAGAUGAACAAUGAAGAAAAGCUGGACACUGGAACAGAGGAGGACUUUGGAGGCCUUGUGAGUGCAAAUCUUAUUCUUCUGAGGAACAGACUGCUGGAUAUCCUGCUUAAACUUGUGUACACAUCUAAAGAAAAAACAUAUGUCAACUUGCAGGCUUCUGAAGAGCUUGUCCGGACGCUUGGGUUUGACUGGGUCAUGCUGUUCAUGGAAGAACACCUGCAUCCUACCACAGUGACGGCAGCCAUGAGGAUUCUGGUGGUCUUGCUGAGCAAUCCGGCUAUUCUUCUCAAGUUCAAGGAAGGCCUCAGUGGCGGAGGCUGGCUCGACCAGACAGAUUCCGUCCUGACGAACAAGAUCGGAACCGUGCUGGGCUUUAACGUCGGCAGGAGCGCAGGCGGCAGAUCGACUGUCAGGGAGAUUAACCGAGAUGCUUGUCAUUUCCCGGGCUUCCCGGUCCUUCAGUCGUUCCUCCCGAAGCACACGAACGUCCCUGCGCUCUAUUUUCUUCUCAUGGCUCUUUUCCUGCAGCAGCCAGUCACUGAACUGCCUGAAAACCUGCAGGUCAGUGCGCCUGUCAUCACCAGCCGAUGUAAUCAGGGUGGCCAGUUUGACUUGGAUUCAAUUUGGACAUUCAUAUUUGGAGUUCCUGCUUCAAGUGGCACCGUAGUGUCUUCCAUUCACAAUGUUUGCACAGAAGCUGCUUUCUUGUUAUUGGGAAUGCUCAGGAGUAUGUUGAAUUCACCUUGGCAGUCGGAAGAAGAGGGUUCUUGGCUCCGUGAAUAUCCAGUCACUUUAAUGCAGUUCUUCCGCUAUUUAUAUCACAACGUUCCCGAUCUGGCUUCGAUGUGGAUGAGCCCGGAGUUCCUUUGUGCAUUGGCAGCCACUGUGUUCCCUUUCAAUAUCCGGCCGUACUCAGAAAUGGUCACUGAUUUGGAUGACGAAGUUGGAUCCCCUGCUGAAGAAUUCAAAGCGUUUGCCUCUGAUACCGGAAUGAACCGGAGCCAAUCAGAAUAUUGCAACGUAGGAUCUAAGACGUACUUGACAAACCACCCAGCAAAGAAAUUUGUGUUUGACUUCAUGCGAGUGCUGAUAAUCGAUAACCUCUGCCUUACACCUGCAAGCAAGCAGACUCCAUUAAUAGACCUCCUUCUAGAGGCCUCUCCUGAGAGAUCAACAAGGGCACAGCAGAAAGAAUUUCAGACCUAUAUUUUAGACAGUGUGAUGGAUCACUUGCUUGCUGCUGAUGUUUUACUGGGUGAGGAUGCUUCUCUCCCUAUUACAAGUGGAGGAAGCUACCACGUCCUGGUGAACAACGUGUUCUAUUUCACACAGAGAGUGGUGGAUAAACUUUGGCAAGGCAUGUUCAACAAGGAAUCUAAGCUGCUUAUAGAUUUCAUAAUCCAGCUAAUUGCACAGUCCAAAAGGAGAUCUCAGGGAUUAUCGCUUGAUGCCGUUUAUCACUGCCUGAAUAGGACCAUCUUAUACCAGUUCUCAAGGCCACACAAAACGGUUCCCCAGCAAGUGGCUCUUCUGGACUCCCUGAGGAUGCUGACUGUCAAUCGGAACCUCAUCCUCGGGCCCGGGAACCAUGACCAAGAGUUCAUCAGCUGCUUGGCUCAUUGCUUGAUUAACCUGCAUGCUGGAAGCAGCGUGGAUGGGUUUGGUCUGGAAGCGGAAGCCAGAAUGACCACUUGGCACAUCAUGAUCCCUUCUGACAUAGAGCCCGACGGAGUCUACAAUCAAGACGUUAGCGAAGGCCGCCAGCUUCUUCUAAAGGCUGUGAAUCGUGUCUGGACAGAACUAAUCUACAGCAAGAAGCAGGUUUUGGAGGAGGCAUUCAAAGUAUCCCUCCCUGUCAACGAUAGAGGCCACGUGGAUAUUACUCUGGUGAAGCCCCUCGUUGAAGAAGUCAGUUUAAAGUGCUGGCAGAAUCAUUUAGCUCAUGAAAAGAAAUUCAUCAGCAGAGGGGAAGCGUUGGUUCCAACGACACAGUCCAAACUGUCACGAGUCAGCAGUGGUUUUGGUCUUUCAAAGCUAACUGGAUCCAGGAGAAACCGAAAAGAAAGUGGGAUGAACAAGCACAAUCUGUCCACACAGGAAAUCUCCCAGUGGAUGUUUACUCACAUUGCGGUCGUUCGAGACUUGGUAGACAUGCAGUACAAAGAAUAUCAAGAGCGUCAACAAAAUGCGUUGAAGUACGUGACAGAGGAGUGGUCUCAAAUUGAAUAUGAGUUGCUGCGGGAGAGAGGAUUGUGGGGCCCUCCCAUUGGCUCUCACCUAGACAAAUGGAUGCUGGAGAUGACGGAAGGGCCCUGUCGGAUGAGGAAGAAGAUGGUGCGGAAUGACAUGUUCUACAUUCAGUAUCCUUACAUGCCGGAUGCUGAACAUGAGACCAACAUGCUGUCUGACUUCUCAAGUAAACCUUCUGACACACCUGACGAUACCAUUCCUCAAAAGAAACCAGCUCGCUACCGAAGGGCUGUAAGCUACGACAGCAAAGAAUACUACAUGCGUCUAGCUUCUGGGAACCCAGCUGUUUUCCAAGAUACUAUUGAAGAAAGCUCCGAAGGAGAAACCGCUCAGCAAGAGCCGGAACACGGCGAAGACACAAUUGCCAGAGUUAAAGGUCUUGUGAAACCCCCCCUGAAGAGAUCUCGCUCUGCGCCCGACGGUGGGGAUGAGGAGAAUCAGGAGCAGCUUCAGGACCAGAUUGCCGAGAGUAGCUCUAUAGAUGAAGAGGAGAAAACCGAUAACACAACCUUGCUUCGACUGCUGGAAGAAGGAGAGAAGAUACAGCACAUGUACCGAGCAGUAAUCGUUGUUCAAGGCUUAGACACCAGCUUAGGGCUCCUCUUUAAGUGCAAAGAGCACUUCUAUGUGAUCGAUGGAUUUACAAUGACUGCCACCAGGGAAAUACGGGACAUUGAGACCUUACCUCCAAAGUGAUGCAUGUACCAGCCAAUUAUACCCUGGGCACGACAGGGUCCCCGAAGUCAUUUAAAAGAACAUGCAGUAUUUUUUGCAUAUGAAGAUAUCAAGGAGGUGCACAAAAGACGAUACCUGUUACAGCCAAUUGCUGUUGAAGUGUUCUCGGGGGAUGGACGGAACUACCUUCUCGCUUUCCAAAAAGGAGUUAGAAAUAAAGUCUACCAAAGGUUUUUGGCCGUAGUUCCGUCUUUGACUGACAGCUCAGAGUCUGUGUCUGGACAGCGACCCAACACCAGCGUAGAACAAGGGUCUGGCUUGCUGAGCACCCUAGUAGGAGAAAAAUCUGUCACACAAAGGUGGGAGAGAGGUGAAAUCAGUAAUUUCCAGUACCUGAUGCAUUUGAACACGCUGGCCGGCCGAUCCUAUAAUGACCUCAUGCAGUAUCCUGUUUUCCCCUGGAUUCUUGCAGACUACGAUUCAGAGGAGCUGGACCUGACCAACCCCAAGACAUUCAGAAAUUUGCAAGCCAAUGUAGCACAGACCUAAUUUUAAAGGUUGGUUUCAGUGAUAAGCAAGCUUUACAAAGACUGGGAAGAUCCUAAUGGUGAAACUCCGGCAUAUCAUUAUGGCACACACUACUCCUCCGCUAUGAUAGUAGCCUCGUACCUUGUGCGAAUGGAGCCCUUCACACAGAUAUUUUUACGGCUCCAGGGCGGCCAUUUUGACCUGGCUGAUCGGAUGUUUCAUAGCGUGCGUGAAGCCUGGUACUCUGCAUCAAAGCACAACAUGGCGGAUGUCAAGGAGCUCAUCCCGGAAUUUUUCUACCUCCCAGAGUUAUUGCUCAAUUCCAACAACUUUGAUCUAGGUUGCAAGCAGAAUGGCACUAAACUUGGGGAUGUAAUACUCCCCCCAUGGGCUAAAGGGGAUCCCCGUGAAUUCAUCAGAGUUCAUCGGGAGGCUUUGGAAUGUGAUUUUGUGAGCGCCCACCUGCACGAGUGGAUCGACUUAAUCUUCGGCUAUAAGCAGCAAGGACCCCCCGCAGUAGAGUCUGUCAACGUCUUCCACCAUCUUUUCUACGAGGGGCAAGUGGAUAUAUACAACAUAAAUGACCCUUUAAAAGAAACAGCUACCAUAGGAUUCAUUAAUAACUUUGGACAGAUACCUAAACAGUUGUUUAAGAAACCGCAUCCGCCAAAGCGAGUGAGAAGCCGAAUGAAUGGAGAGUUAACCGGGAUUUCUAUCCCGCCCAGCGCUGCAAGCGACAAGAUUUUCUUCCACCACUUAGACAACCUCAGGCCUUCCCUUGCACCAGUAAAAGAGCUGAAGGAACCCGUGGGGCAAAUCGUCUGCACCGACAAAGGAAUUCUGGCAGUAGAGCAGAAUAAAGUCCUCAUCCCACCAGCCUGGAAUAAAACUUUUGCUUGGGGUUAUGCAGAUCUCAGCUGCAGGCUGGGCGCCUACGAGUCAGACAAGGCCGCGAUUGUUUACGAAUGCCUGUCAGAAUGGGGCCAGGUUCUCUGUGCAAUCUGCCCAAAUCCAAAACUGGUCAUUACUGGGGGAACCAGCACAGUUGUGUGUGUAUGGGAAAUGGGCACUUCCAAGGAAAAAGCCAAAGCCCUCACUCUAAAGCAGGCGUUGCUUGGCCAUACAGAAACGGUCACGUGUCUAACAGCUUCACUGGCCUACCACAUCAUUGUGAGCGGAUCUCGUGACCAGACCUGUAUCAUCUGGGAUCUGAACAAACUCUCCUUCGUAACCCAGCUUCGAGGUCACCGGGCCCCGGUUUCAGCCCUCUGCAUUAAUGAAUUGACGGGGGAUAUUGUAUCCUGUGCUGGCACUUACAUCCACGUGUGGAGCAUUAAUGGGAAUCCCAUAGUCAGCGUGAACACUUUCACCGGACGUAGCCAGCAAAUCCUGUGUUGCUGCAUGUCGGAAAUGAAUGAAUGGGAUACUCAGAAUGUUAUUGUGACGGGGCAUUCAGACGGGGUAGUCCGGUUCUGGCGAAUGGAGUUCCUGCAGGUUCCCGAAACGCCAGCUCCAGAACCCGUGGAGGUCCUUGAGAUACAGGAAGAGUGCCCAGAAACUCAAAUAGGUCAAGAAGGCCAGGAUGAAGACAGCAGUGAUUCAGAAGCCGACGAGCAGGGUCUCAGCCAGGAUGCCAAGCUGCCAGAGAGCCAGAACCAGCCGGGCAGUGCCAAUCACAGGCCUCGGUCGGCUUCGAGCCGAGCGGCGGCCGUCUGGUCAGUGGACAGCGGCUCUGAUGACUCGAGGCCCUGUUCUGACCAGCUCAGCUUGGACGAGAAGGAAGGCUUCAUCUUCGUCAACUACUCCGACGGGCAGACGAAGGCGUACCCCCACCCUCAGGUUAACCACCCGCACUCGAAUCAAGCCGAGCUACGGUAUUACAGCAAGCUCAAGCCAGGUUACAGGUGGGAGCGUCAGCUAGUAUUUAGGAGCAAGCUAACUAUGCAUACCGCCUUUGAUCGCAAGGACAAUGCACAUCCUGCAGAGAUCACAGCACUAGGCAUUUCCAAAGACCACAGCCGGAUUCUCGUGGGCGACAGCAGGGGCAGAGUGUUCAGCUGGUCGGUGAGCGACCAACCCGGCCGUUCUGCCGCUGACCACUGGGUGAAAGAUGAGGGAGGAGACAGCUGCUCCAGCUGCUCCGUUCGGUUCUCUCUCACCGAGAGACGUCACCAUUGCCGGAACUGCGGGCAGCUCUUCUGUCAGAAGUGCAGUCGCUUUCAGUCUGAAAUCAAGCGUCUGAAAAUCUCCUCCCCGGUGCGGGUUUGCCAGAACUGUUACUACAACCUGCAGCAUGAGCGAGGCCCCGAGGAGGGGUCCUGGAAUUAGCGAGGGCAGCAGAGCCGCACAACGCACCGGCAGGGGUCCCAAGAACCCCGUGACUUUUGCGGCAGGCCCGAGGAGCACAUUCAGAAGGGAACUGCAGCCCGGGCCCUUCGCACGCUUCAUCUUUAGACUCGUGCACUCAAGCACUGCAAGAAAAAAAAAAGGGAUCAUUGACUUCAAACGUGUGUCGGCAAGGGAUGAGGACGAAAAGAUUCCCAUGGUCCGUGAGCGUGAGCCGGGACACAAGUGGGCUGGGGCAUCUGCACUUGAGCUCCCGAAGCCCUCCCUUCCGGGCCAGCAUGGCUUCGAGGAAGACCCGCCCAUCCUUUUCAGCAUCUUCUUCGGUCUUGGUUUUGUAGAGCUAGUUACUUUAUUUGUGUUGCAGGGAGGAGGCAGCUUUUUAGAACAUAGUGGUAAACCUGCCUUCUUUGAGAGCAAAACUGUAGAUACUGUAAAUAGAUAUAAUGGCCUUUUUAUCUAAAUAUGGACUUAACUGCCUGUUACAUGGGACUUCAGACCAACCACUAUCCUUUCUGGCUGUUUAGCUCAUCUAUCUACUUACAAUAUAACUUUUGUUUUUAUAAAAAAAAAAGAAGAAAACAAAAAAACCAUCGAAGAGGCAUUAUUAGUAUUUCCAGUUUGAUUUCUUUUUCCCUUUCUUUCCAGUCCCGGCUGCGUGUUCGUCUUUUCAGUUACUGAACGUGAUCUUAAUUUAAACCAUGCUCUUUGGAGAGAAAAGGGAAAUAAAGAACAAAUCCCGACCUGUGUUCUCAUGCAGGGGGGAUGAUAGGACUUGGAAUAUUUUAUUCUCAACUGUAAAAAUAACAAGGAUCCGCUUGGGUUGCAUUACUUUUUAUACGGAAGUUCUGUCUUCGUAUUUAAUAAGGUCUCUUUUUAUACAGGGUGGACCUGCCGUUCGACUCAUUCUUUACCACUGUAACCGUCAGCAGACCUGCAUAUCGCAAAGGCUGGCUCUGACUUCAGAUAGCAGUAAAUGGGUUUGCAUGAGAAACUCUUAGUCUCCUCCCCUUCCCCCCCCCCCCGCCCCCACGAACACAUGGAGAAAAACCCGAAAUAGUUGCAAUACAUGCCGUAAUUUACUCUUAGGUAUUGGCUGCAGAAACAGUGUGCGGUCCUUGCUCUUAAUGACUGGAUAAUGCUUGUUCUAGGCAUGGGUCGCAUUUCUGGUGCACAGCUCCCAACUCCCCCCCCUGGAAACGAAUGGGAAUAGUGUGAGACUAGUCCCCCAUUUUCCACAUUCCUCGCCGAGGGUUGCUUCUUCCCUGUAACCUGUGCUGAACAUUUCACCGUUAACUUCCAUAUUACAGGAUGGCAUUUAAGAUGUAAUGUUUCCUUUUGGUAAAGUUACUAUUCAGUGCAAGGGACACCCAUAGACAGAGAUGGAACCGCCCCCUCCCGUCCGCCCGCCCGCCCCUGGUCAGGCUUUUGAUUUCCAAGGGGGCGUGUGGCUCUUUUUCAGUGCAAGGUAUAUAUUCUGUAAACGGGUACUGAGAUACAUUGGUCUUGAAAACCUGUCAGUCGUGGUUUGUACAAAACCCACUGUGGGAAGAGAAAGGUCACAAAUCGCCACCGCCAAAAGCUACCGCCCACUGGGAAGUGAGACUAAAAGGACACGGUCCUGGGAGGGUAAACAGGAGGAAAUUGUGAUUGCUUCCACAGGUUAAAACAACAGGCAUCUUCACAGUGUGGUCUGAGGGACUUGCACAGGGAAAAGGGGACUUUCGCACCACGGCUUCUGACAAUACUGUGCUUCCUUUGUCGGCUGUAAUUACAGUUUGUUGGCUUUUGGGUCCACGUAAUCUUUGGAAAGAGAGAUUUAUGCACUGAUUAGGAAGUUGACAAUGCGUUUUGAAAAUUGUGUCUGUUUAACAGCUGUGACGAACAAAUGGUGUUUGAAAUUGACUGAAAGCUCUCUCAAUCCACAGUGUUUCCAUUUCUUUGAUAAAUACUCCGAGUUUAACCAGGAAGGCUGUCUCUUGAACUUGAAGCUGGAAAGUUUUUAUCAUUCCAAAUGAAACCCUUAGCACAGGAGGGCGCGAGCGUCAACAAUGCAACUACUAAUCCAGGGUCAUUAGACGAUGGCAGAAGUUCUAGAUGUUUACUGUGUUCUCUCUUUUGGAAAACCUUCUUUGGCAUCUACCUUGUACCAGUAUUAUCCUACGCUUUUGAGAUUUGGCAUUCUUCUCUAAUAAAAAGUCAUCCCCACCCAUUCAUCCCCAACCCAGGAAUGUCUGUGUUAAACCUAUGGGUGGUGUCUUUUGAAGUUUGGUAUAGGCUGCACACCCAUAGCUGAAAGUGUAUUCUUCCAGAACUAUAUAGCCAGCAAGGGGGGGGGGGAGUGGUUAUAAAAGUCUCCUGCUGGUGAGAUCGGGUUUGGGGGGAGAAGAGGGCACUCGGCUCAAUUGCACUGAGGUUGUGCGCUGUUCAUCCUCCAUUCAUUGUGACGGCAACUUGCCUAGAACUGUCACUGAAAGGAACAGAGGCUGAGCAGUAGGACUCUUCGUGCAGUCGGGCUUUGCCGGUGGCUGCCAGGACCCUCUGAUUCAGCUAAACCUCCUUUUACAAAACUCACAGACUUCAUCAGGAGGGAGGGGAUUCUGGACUACCUAGUCCGGCAGUUGCUCAGGACUUCAUACUCAACGGCCUUCUGUUUCUCCAAGGGCGCGACUGGUGUUUUCCCGUCAGGGUUCCUUGCUGAGCCAGAAGAGUCCCAUUGGCCUGUUUUGCUGCCGAGGGCCUCACUUCUCUAAUGCAGCCUCGUCCCGCAGUGCGUUUCUUCCACGGGGCAUCCCCACAUUCUGUUUUUGUUCGUAGCGGCUGUAGCGUUCAUGCUUACGUAGACCAGACUGGCGGCCUCUCUCACACACACACACCCCCAUCAGUCCGAUAGCAAAAACACUUUAGCCAUGUUAUUUUGCACUUUCUCAUGUAUAAAACAAAUCCGUAGAAACUUAUUUUUUGGCUUUGUAUCAUUCGAAAGACUCAUUUUUUGUUUUGUUUUAGUAAAUGAACUAUGUAUAAAAAAAUAUUUAUGCGGUUAAAACUGUUUUUAGGAAAUAUUUUUAAUUUCAGCAAGUUUCGUUACUUGUUGCAUGACUUAACACAACUGACUUUUUGUGUCAGUACAAUGUAUAUUUUUUUGUCCUGUUAUUAACUGGUAAUACGCCCUUGGUAAACGGCCAUUUAUUUGUACAGCAACCGGAUUAAACGAAAGAUAACUGGCUAUGACUGGAGGGGUGGGAUUUUGUACUAUAUUGCAGAAACCAAUUAUCUGUUUUUUGGUGGUUACGUAAAAGGCCUGAAGAAUUACUAUCUAGCGUGCAAUCUGUGAUAUCUGAAUGUUUAUUGUAUAUUUGUCUCCAAUGCAAAAAGGUAGAGUAACCCAACUACAAUACAUGAUUAAAUGCAAUAGUUCAGGUACUUAACUUUUUUUUUUGUUUUCAUUUCAAAUAAAUACUUGCUAUUUACCACCAAAA